AUGAGUUUUAAAGACUUGGAACGAGCCUUACCCGGUUUGCCGGCGGUUUUCCGUUUUCGAGGUUGCGAGGUGGAAGGCGGUGUAGCAGCGGAACUCGACGGACCUGAAUGUGGUGGCCGGAGAGGAGAUGGAGGCGGGUUCGACUUUGGCACGGAAUGUGUAGCAGAUCUGGUAGUCGGUUUUCGGACAAAGGGUUUUGUGGCCGGAGGUUUGGAAGCGAAAGUUUUGAAGCGGCCUUUUGUGAAGGUGGGAGGUUUUGGUGAAUUUGUUGUGGACGGUGGUGUUGGCUGUGGAGGUGGUGGAGGAGGUGACGGAGGAGGUGAAGGUGGGGGUGUUAGUGAUGGCGGGGGUGUCGGAAUGCGCGGCCGAGAGGACGAGGGUGACGGAGUUGGUGAGGAAAGGCGUUUUUUCUUGAGAAACCGCCGAGCCACCAUUUUUCUUCCCAUGGUGGAGCACUUGCAGGUGAAAGUAGAGAGAAGGUGGAAGGUUUUUUAG